CCCUUGCUCUGUGGUGACACAACCCUUUAUUUCCACCCACCCACCUUCCUCCUUCCGAGUUGCCCUCCUGCCCCUGACCCUGUUUCUGCAUCCCCUUCUCACUUUCCCUCACUCACUUACCAUCAUCUGCUCGCCCCAUUGCUCUUCUGCACCCCCCACCCCAAUAUAAAAUGCUCCAAAGAUUCCACCCCCCCACGCAAGCAGCCCACACACCUCCCCACCCCUAGAAGUAACCACUUUAAAAACAAACGCAAAAAAAAAACCACUGGCCCUCUCUCUGCCAGCCCCUUGAACAGUGGCCUGGGAUGCAGAAAUGUUAAGAGGUGGAGCUGUUCCCAACGUUGCAUGUUUUCAUGCCAGGAAAGCUUUGCCUGCUAAACACUUCUUUGCCUCAGGGAACUACUAUUCAUAAGGACAUGGUCUGCAAAAGGAAGAAAGUGAUGGGCCUCUCCAUUGCCACCUACUGUCACCUCUUUUUCUGUCCCCCUCCCCUUUAUUUGCUUUUUAAAAAUAUGCCCUUCAUGCUGACAUCACUUUUUGAGCCAGGUAUCAUUUCUGCCUCCCUUCUCCUAGACUGCUUCCCAACCCCACAAUAUAUCCCUGAAUUUUCCUCCCAUUGCCCCCUCAUAUUCCCCUGUUGACAUUUAUUUAAUUUAUUUGUUUUAUCAUUUAUAUCCCCCCCUCUCUCUCCCUCUGAGGAGCCCAGAGUGGUGUACGUGCUUUUGUUUAUCCUCAUGACAACCCGGUGAGAAAAAUGACGACUCGGACAGUGAAGGGGCUGAAAACAUUGCUCUGGUCAUGCGCCCAGGAUCAGCAAAGCCCACUGAGUCCCCAGAACCCACUGAUGAAUUUUUCCAAAUGACGCGUGAUAUCCGUAUGGCCUUGAAGACUCUGGAAAGAAAAGUGAGCGACCUAGAAAUGCAUCAGACUACGAUUUUGGCUGCACCACUCCCCGAAGAUAGCAUGAAGCAAAAUCUACAAAAACUACGUGAGGAGAUCAAGGAAUUAGCCAAAGAUAUCCGGGCUCGCCUGAAGAGAAUUGAGCCUAAGAAAGAUGAGGAAGAUGAGAACAGAAACUCCAUCAACAACCGUAUGAAGAGGACCCAGCAUGGUAUCCUGUCCCAGCAGUUCUUGGAUCUUAUCAACAAAUGCAACUCAACACAGUCAGAGUACCGAGACCGGAACCUGGAACGCAUCAGGCGACAGCUUCAGAUUACUGGCAGCGGGGUGGUGUCAGAUGAAGAGCUCGACCAGAUGCUGGAGAGUGGUCAGACUGAGGUGUUUGUCUCCAAUAUCAUGAAGGACACGCAAAUGACGAAGCAAGCUUUGAAUGAAAUUGAGACGCGGCAUAGUGAAAUACUUAAGCUGGAGCGCAGCAUCCAGGAGCUGCACGAAAUGUUCAUGUUCCUGGCCACAGAAGUGGAGCUACAGGGAGAGAUGAUUGACAGGAUAGAGAAGAACAUUCUGGACUCUGAGGACUAUGUGAAGAAAGGACAGCAGCAUCUUGAUACGGCCCAGAAGAACCAGAAGAAAGCCCGCAAGAAGAAAUUCAUGAUCAUCAUCUGCCUGACAAUCACAGCAGCCGUCGUCAUCGCCAUCAUCACUGUAACAGCUUUACUUGGCUAGAAGGGCUUCUGAGUCUGCCUCUGUCUUCACGCGUCAUUGUCAGAGCCCAACGUCUCUGACUUCGUCUCUGUUCUGGAACUUCUGCUCCCACGGGAGGCCUUUGCACUGAUAGACGGCUGGUGGAGACACCUCAUGCCUUCGUCCAGUAUUGAAAGCACAAGCUGCCUGUGGCUGCCUCCUUCCCUGUUGCCCAGAAUCAAGAAUCCCUGUAACUCUUGAGGUCUAGAGCAAAGCCUAUGCUGUGGCCUUGGCUUUUGCCUUCAUGAUUUGUUCUCUCUUUUUGGGUGGGUUGUAGAAUGUUUGUUCUCCUCAGUGCAUUAUUUGGUCUCAACCCAUCCACACAUGAACGAUUGUGUUCUGUCUCAGCCGCUUCUUUUACAAUGCCUUAGUAGAUUCCCCCACCCACCUCCAUUCCUCAUGCACUCAGGCAGAGUAUAAUCUUGAGCCAGCCCCCUCAUCCUGGUCAGGCAGCUGUUGUCCUUCUGUGCACUUUUUCUAGUCACUGCCUCAGGCAACUUCCUCCACCUGCCAUAUUUCUUUAUCUCACUUCCUGCCCUGUCAUUUUUAAUAAAGUUGCCAUCUCCCCACAAAGGGCAUUGUGUGCCUUUACUUAGAGAGCAAGGGGGCAGGUGAUAUUCUGAUAUUCUUCAGGGAGGACGAGGCUGGGUGCUUGACCCCUCACACCCCACAGAUGAUCCAGCCUUUCCUGAUGUGCCUAUGAGGGAAACAGUGGAGUCCUGAAUCUGUAACUGAGUCAAUGUGUAGGGUUUUUGAAGGAGCCCUCUUGACCUUCAAUAGAAGCAUGAGGCCUGUGACUGAAGCAGAGGCUUACCAGCCAGAACUGCUGGUUCCAUAGUUGGUUAGAAUAGUGGCCUAUUGGAUUUUGCCAUGCUGUGUUCCUACUGCCUCCACAUUUAAAGUCAUGGCCUUUUCUCUGCCUGCCUCCCUCUGUCUCCUUUGUCUCUUUAAGUGGUGUUUUCCAUUUUCUGUUAUCCCCUAUGCCUGUCAUCCCACGUGUCUUGGGAGUUGUGUGCACACACAUCCCUUCAUGAGCCUGUGCCUCCUCUCCCAUUUGUUGUUUGGAUCUGUUUGUCCUCCUUUUUCCAAUGGAUUGGACAUCCCAGUGUCAGUCUAGAUGGAUUGGGCUGAAGCCACUUAAGCACCGUCUUUGCCCCCCGCCCGCCCCAGAAAACCAAAUGCAGGCCUGCCUUGAAAGCAUUACCAAGACACUGGGUUGGCUCAAAUUCUUGUGGUGGGGCAGGGGAAAGAGACAGAGACCGACCAGGUUAUAGCAAAGGAAUAACGGCCAGGAUAUUUGAGGGGCUUUUGUCCUCUGUUCUAAGAGAAUUGGGUAGGGAAAUCAUGGAAGGAAUAGAAGCCAGAACCUAUUUGGAUGUGCUCCUGAAAAUUUGAUAUUUUAUUACUUUGGGGGAAAGCAAAGUAUCAGAGCAAAGCAUUGAGCAAAAUGUUCCAGUUGCCUUGGAGAUUGAAUGUAUUAAAAAAACAACAGCCUGACUCAAAUUAUUUUGUAAUAUAAAAAUAAACACACUUUUAAAAAUG